CCCUACGUGACACCAGAUAUCCUCCGGCGCGAACUUCCCCCAGAACAGGCGGAGUACUGUAUAGAACGCAUGAAGUCCUACAAGGGCAACGACGCCGAACCCAAUGCGCUGGACUACAGUGCAUUUUCAAAUGCCGUUUUCGGCGAGACCGAUCUCUGAACAUCGCAUGCGCCCCCUGCCAGUGCCCUGAUGACCACCUUUCGGGAGGCAAAGUCUACCAAUCAGUUUCCGUAGGAGCCAACAAUUCUCCGCCUAUCCAGUCAGCGUUUACUGGGCUACAAGUAAACACGCGAGCACGGACGACAAACCCUUUAUGCCUUCAUUUGCUAGACAGACUUUCUAGCUUCUCUCUCUUACUUUACAGCUUUUUAUGUAGUUUACUCAGAUGUACAACAUCCUUUUUGAGUGCGAGGGAGAUAGACAGUCCAAAGCAGCCAAGUCUAUCGCUCGGCUCCAGGCUCCAACUUAUCACUCCACCCCCUCUCUCUCUCCCACACACGCGCGUUAUUUACAUCUCAUGUGAAAUCGUGUAUUAUUAG